AUGGGUAUCCGGAAUCGCAAAAUCACCGUUAGCGAUGAAAUCGUCACGUCGGCCGUCAAUCUCACACUGAGACAGUCGCUGGUGCCAAACUUGCUGGUCACAAUCCUCUUCUUCCUCUGGGGUUUUGCAUAUGGCCUGCUCGAUGUGCUCAACUCGCAUUUCCAGACCACACUGAACAUUUCGGCUGGUAUGGCCAGUGGUCUGCAAGCUGCUUAUUUUGGCGCAUACUUUGUCUGUCCUCUGACGAUCUCCGGAUGGAUUGUUCGUCGUUUUGGUUUCCGCGUGACUUUUAUGACCGGUCUCACCGUCCUCGCCAUCGGAUGUCUCCUCUUCUGGCCUUCUGGUGUCAAGCGAUCCUUUGGCGGGUUCUGCGGUAGCAUGCUUGUGGUAGGUGCUGGUCUAGCUACGCUGGAGACCGUCGCAGACCCCUUCUUGGCUAUUUGCGGUCCGCCCAGAUACAGCGAAAUCCGACUGAAUCUGGCUCAGGCAGUGCAGGGAGUGGGCACAUUUGUUGCGCCUCUUCUCGCCUCCCGAGUCUUCUUUGCUCACACUGUCAAUACCGCUGCUGGACUAAAGAAUGUGCAAUGGGUGUACCUCGGGGUUGCCUGCUUUGUCGCGCUGCUCAUUAUUCUCUUCUUCUUCGCGCCGUUCCCUGAAAUCACCGAUGCCGACCAGCACGCUCUUGAGGGCGCUAUUACCGACUCUGCGGAUGAUAACGGUCCCCUCAGGAAGCAAUACAGUCUCUUCCUCGGUGUCAUGAGCCAGUUCUGUUACACUGGAGCCCAGGUCGCCAUCGCUGGCUACUUUAUCAAUUUUGCCCAAGAGGCCGGUCGCUCAGCUUCCGAAGCCUCCGAUCUUCUCGCCGUCGCACAGGGAUUGUACGCUUUCAACCGUUUCGUCGCCGGUGGUUUGAUGAUGCUCAAGCCAUUCAAGCCCCGAUACAUGCUCUUUUUCUAUCUCCUAGGUUGCAUCGUGUUCAGUAUCGCCGCAAUGAACACCACAGGCACUGCUUCAGUUGCCCUUGCUAUUCUCGUCUUUUGCGCUGAAUCGUGCUGUUUCGCUACCAUCUUCAGUCUGAGUCUUCGCGGCCUUGGUCGCCACACCAAGCGCGGUGGCUCAUUCCUCGUCUCUGCUAUUUCAGGAGGCAUGGUUUUCCCACCCAUGAUGGCCGCUGUGAUUGACCGAAAAGACGCCCACACUGCAAUGGCUAUUCCCAUGAUGGGGUACAUCCUCGCUUGGAUUUUCCCCAUAUAUAUCAACAUCUACAAACGCGAUGUCAUGGAUAUGCACCGUGAUACUACAGUCAACGUGACCAACACCGUUGUCAAUAACAAAGAAAUAGAGCUGGAGCAUGCUCGGGAGAACGAGCCCGAAAUAAAAAAGAUCGAGAACACCACACAGGAUACUCCAAAGCAUGAGUGA